GUACACUAUGCUGACGGUACGUAGAGAGGUUGAUGAAGAGGCUUUACAAGGACGUUGAUGGAGAUGGAGAGAGACUUGAGGUGUUACCGGUUGUUGAAGAGUCGAGCGAAGAUGAGAGACGCGUGUAAGGAACUACGAACACGUCCCUCCUUUUCCCGGUGUUCUGUGAAUAUACCUGACUUGACAUGGGAUCCACACCUUCAUCUGACUGGCAUCUAUUCAAAUCCAGCUUUGCUAAACCAAGACAUUUUACUAUCUACAAGCCGCCCACGGGCCAAUUCACUGAUUAGUAGGAAUUCAAGAACCGUGUUGAUUCCUUUCUCCAAGUAUGACUAGAGAAACGACAAGGAAUGGAGAACCGAUCAUCUUACGAGUGACCUAUAAACGGCUGUUUUGCAGACUUCGAGCCAUUGAAAUAUGCUGGAUC